AUGGUAAAACGUUCGGAUUUUAACGAUGAUGGAUUUACUGAUGAAGAAAUAAUCGAAGAAACCAUUGAUGAGGGCCAACUUGAGGAUUCAAGUUAUGCUAAUGAACUCUGGUCACAUUCUGAUAUCAAUAAACUCCUUGAUCUACUAGCUGCGAUAGAUGACUAA